GUCCUUUACGGGCAACAAUUUCUCUAGAAAAUCCCCAGAUUCCGUGCACCUUUUCCCAUUGUCCGACCGAACCUGCUGGAGCCUCAUCUUCCAACAGAGUGUUUCAGGUCGAUUCAUCCCAAUGCUUGCAUUAGCGCUGACGGCGGAUCUGGAAGGCGUGACCAACCUGGUCCCUUCGGAUACAGCUGAAUCACCUUACUAUUACACCUUCAAAGUCCAGUGUACAUCAUGUCGUGAGAUCCAUGCAAACUGGGUCGGGGUCAGCCGUCAUGAGAUGAACGAACAAUCCGGGAGCCGAGGAGAGGCAAAUUUUGUCUGGAAAUGCAAGAACUGUAAGAGAGAGUCAAGCGCCUCAAUCAAAGCAGCUCCGGCAAAAUACGAGCAGAAUUCACCCGCCAAACCGAAGAACAUCAUCGACAUCGAUUGUCGAGGUCUGGAAUUUACGGAUUUCAAGCCAGAUGUAGGUCACCCUGCACGCUAAGAUUCUCUCUUUCCUCUGACCUUGAUUCUGCCCAGGGAGAAUGGGAGGCCACGGGAAUCGAGUCAGGGACCAAGUUCACGGGGAUUGACUUGUCGGAAGGAGAGUGGUUUGACUACGACGAGAAGGCCGGCGAGGAAGUAAGCAUCAAAGACAUCAAAUGGCAGAUACGGCGAGCUUGAAUCUCUGGUUGGGCUCGACAUCAAGGUUAAUCCUACAAAUCAUGCCGUUGGUGCUGUAGUUCAGCCUCGUGCGGGAGCGAGGCUGCGGCGUGGCUCCAAAAUCGCGGGGCGGCUCCAGCAAUCAUCAUGGUAAAACUGCCCACAACUCAGCCUCUUCAUACCUUCUUCUCACCCUUCGACCUCCGCUUUAUAUCACCCGCGCCUCUAUGAUUUCCACUGCAGUCCCUCUUACGCGCCUCUUCCCAAGAUAGCACUUAUUGUUGGCGAAACUCGGUGGAACUCCAUUUUCGGGCCCGUCGAAUCGACUCUCUGCUUCUGGUUCCCUUUGGCAUUCUUCUUCCCUUCUCUCCGCCGACUCUUCCUUCUCAGGUACAAAAUGACGUCCGUUACGCGUCUCAGCCAACUGGCCGCGAAAUUGUCCCACGAAUACCACGCCCUCCAAACCGCCUAUGCUGAAGUCGCGUUUCCCGCUUCCGCCGCUGUUAUGUCACAGCUAACGAGGAUCAUACCCUCCGUCCCGCGACGACCAUAGGCAGGCAGAAUGUCACGAUUGACGAACCAUGGGCUUGUACUGAAGCCAAUGGCUGCAAGAGAAGAGCACACUACAGAAUCGACAGAAUCCGGGGCGCGGAGAAGUAUGUUUCAAACACAACCUCAUGGCUCGGGACCUGAACCGCGUACUCCUCGCGUUGGGGGCCUACGGCGACUUGAUUUGCCUCCAUGAAUGGCAUUGGAUAUGGAAUACCCUGCCCAUACACGUACUGACUUUGCUAGGACAUGGAGCUGAUAUGUGUGAUACUACAGUCGACACCCUGAUCUACGUCCCGGCUUCCCGAUAAACUUAUUCAACACAUUUUUAGUGACGAUUUCCGUAUAUGGGUCACGCUUUUUCAAGCCCACCACCCAUUCCGCUGUGCCGGCGCAAAAGACCUCCCCCUUCUCUCGCGUGAAAGACGCUAUCAUGCCUGAGCCGUACUUGAGCCCUUUGAGGUACUCGGGCAUGUAAGUCGACCCGUCCUUCUGAGGCUUGAAGAGACUUUGCAUGAGCUCGAUUUUGUCCCUUUCAGGACCACCAAUAGGCUCCGAGCCGUUCCAGCGGUCUUGUUCGCCCAGGACCGCAGGACACAUGGCAAUGAUUUCCAGUGUGGAAGGGGCACCAUCCUCUAAUGUAGGGUAUGGCAGACCCUGCCGAAAGGUAUACUGACAGCCAUCCACCUCAAAUGCGGCAAUGUUCACGGGGUUCCCCCCGAAGGUGUCGCCAUAGAAGAGUUGUGUGCCUUGAAGCGCCCAGUGGUCUGGCCUAUAGACCAGAAAACCCCCGGAAGAGCGUGGAGUGGCGACACCGUACCUUGCGUAUACCCCAGUAAGUCCACACAGGCCGACGGUCUGUGCGGCGGGGCGCUGAAUAGCUGGCCACUCCCAGGACGUUGUGGUCCGUUGAGGAUUUAUCUUGCUCUCGGGGUCGUUGUCUGGGGUACCAUAAUAGUACUGCGUUUUCAGAUCGGACGACAACCGGACCUGCUUGGCAAAAUUACCGCCGAAGCGUGCAAAGGAGCCUCCCUGGUCCACAAAUUGAUCGAUUGUGUCACGCUGCUCCCACGUCCAGUACUCGUCGUGGCCGACUAUCACUGCGCAACGGUAGCCACCAAGAGGGGAUGCAGCUGGGUCUUGAAGAUCUGUUUGUGUGAGGUGGUGGAUCCUAUACCCUGCAGGUUCUGCCCAGAGGACAAAAGGUCGCUCGUAGAUGGCAUAGCCCGCAUCAGCAUAAUGCCUGCUAUAGCGCCCAUACCACGAAUACUCUAG